UGAUUUUAAAAAAUGGUUGGUGACUUUAGUUUGGGUAAGAAAGUAUGUACAUAUGUUAAAAUGGGCAUUAUAUCGUGGUGAUAAGUACUUGUCACUGGCUUUCGUAUCAAGAAUUAUUCAUCUAGUUUAUAUGCCCAAUUUAUGAUUUUACGAUGACAUUUCAUUGAUUUGAAAAACCAACCUAUAUGUUUGUCAACUGUAAACACUAGUUUUAGUUGAUUUUCAACAUAUAUAGAGACAGGCGCUAUUCAUUCAAAAGUUUUGGAAAGGCAUACUCGAUAAUAAUUUGUUGAAAUAAUUCCUUCUUGACCUGAACGAUCACUGGUUAUCGACGGAUAAUAAUAAUCAAGGCUCCUUAUCGAUGCGAACAGCUUCUUUCUAUCUCAAUUAUGAAUUACAACGCUUUGCAGGAGAAUACGCUCCUUGGGAUUGGUCAUCCGCUCCUAGAUCUCUUAGCGAAUGUCGAUGAGGAUUUUUUGAGAAAAUACAACCUGAAAAAGAACAAAACGAUAGCAGCCACAGAAAGCCAUGAUCCUUUAUUCAGAGACCUUAUAGAAAAUUAUAACCCAAUAUGCCUAGUCGGAGGGUGCAUCCAUAACGCCCUAUAUGUAACACAAUGGAUUAUAGAAAAACCAAAGGUAGCCACGUUUAUAGGAUGCGUUGGCGAUGAUGAAUAUGCGGAAAUAGUAGAGAAAGAGGCUCAAAAAGUAGGAAUAGAUGUAAGGUUUGAAAAGUUGGAGUCGAAAUCCACCAGCUCUUGUGCAGUUUUGAUAACCGGCACACACAGAACUUUGGUGACAAGAAUAGGAACAUCAAAUUAUUACUCUGAGGAACAUGUCAAAAAAAGUUGGCCGUGUGUAGAAAGAGCACAGUUUUUUUACAUCAUGGGCUUCUCCUUACCAAUGAAUUUCGAUUUUACCUUACAAGUUGCGAUUCAUUCCGAGGAAAACAAAAAGAAAUUCAUUAUGAACUUAUCGGCAGAGUAUAUUUGUAAACGUUAUACCAAGGAGUUUAUGGAGGUUUUUCCAUAUAUCGAUAUAAUUUUUGGGAACGAAUUUGAAGCUAUUGCAUUUGCUGCUGCUCUCAACUUGAAAAGUAAAGAUUUCAAAGCUAUAUGCUUAGAUAUAUCUAAUUUACCCAAGAGAAAUAAGGAAACAAAAAGAAUCUGCAUCAUUACGAGGACUGAAAAACCCAUCGUCUAUGCAAUUGGAAAUGAAGUGAAAGAGUUUCCUGUAGUUUUAGUUUGCCAGGAGAAAAUCAUAGAUACGAAUGGGGCAGGGGAUGCCUUUGUUGGUGGAUUUUUAUCCCAAUUGAUAACGGGAAGAAGCAUAGAGGAAUGCAUUAAGUGUGGAUUAUGGGCUGCUAGUGUAAGUUUACAACAUAUAGGAUGUAAUUUUGAUGACAAAUGGAAAUAUGUGAAGUGAUCAUAGAUUAAUAAUAAGUUCAUUAUUAGUCUAUGGAAGUGAUUAGUUAAUUGUGGGAGGUUAUGAAAAUGAAGACAACAGUUUGAAAACUAACAUCUUUUAUAUUGUGUGGAUUGGUGAUAUACAAAGAACUGAGGUAAACAAAACAUUCUAACAAAUCUAAAGUGCUAUUAUACAAAACAAACAAAUUAAGAACUAGUCUUCAAUUUGUCCUUUGUUACCUCAAAAAUUAAUAAAAAAACAAAUUUGCUGGAACAUAGAUAAUAGAAAAAUCUCAACUAUAAUGGAUAAAACCUUGUCCCUAUAUUUUAUAUAAGUUCUUUUUAAUAACUAUUCACAAAUAUUUACAAUGUGUAUCAAAUAAAUAAAUACUUUCACUCUGAAAA